ACUACAGAUAUUAUUCACAUCCUCUCAAGUAAAGCACGCGCAUCAAUAUUAAUAAUAUAAUAGUUAUAUUUUCCAAAAUAUAUAUCGCUUCGUUAAAUUGAAGAUCGAUUAAAAUGGGAGAAUCGCUUUUUUUUUACCCAGCCCUAAUAAUUAUUCAUGUGUAGGACUUGAUAAAUAGCAGAUCCCGUGGACUAAAACAGGAAAACUGUGUAUCGUGCUGCGUGUGUAAAUAGUCAGUAAUGUUGAGGUAAUCAGCAUAGUCAGGUCUGGGCGGCAAUCUUUCUCCUUGACACACAAAUGAUUAUCCUGAAGAACAUCCUGAAGAACAUCCUGAAGCCGAGUCUGUGUGCGAGUCACUACAGCAGGACAGUCUGAUGUUGGUUGCUGACAGUGUGAAGAAAACGCUUCAUCUGCAACCUCUGUGCUAUUCAUUCCUACAAGCUGUAGUACAACUUCAGAAGCCCUCAUCCUUAUAAAUUACCUCAGGCUAGAAAUACCACAGACUAACUGUUCUCCAAACUAAAUAUAUAUAUAAAAAAAUUUUUUUAAAAAACAGAAGCACAAUGGAACGAGAGUUGGAUUACUGCGCUCUUAUGAAGGGGAUUCAGGAGCUUGAUUUCCAAGGGAAUACAGUGCCAAGUGACCUUGUGCUAACAGGCAACAAUGCCUUCCCACUCUCCAUGAAUCCAAGAGGUCAGGUCCUAAUGGCUGCAUCUCGCUAUGGUCAGGGACGUAUAGUAGUGUUGGGACAUGAGGAGUAUUUAACACGUUUCCCAGUCCUAGUUGAGAAUGCCUUGACUUGGCUUAUGCCAUCUGAGUCUGAAAGCACAACUGUAGGCAUUCAAAAGGAUCUCAGUUCAACUGCAGAGAACUUAUCCUACUGCUCUAUGAAAACCAAGGUAGGAGAUUUCCAAGAUGUCGGUCUAGCAGUCUAUGUCACCGAUGCCUACAGUGUCGAGUCAUGUGCCAAAGAAUUAGUAGCCUUCCUUAAAUCUGGAGGAGGCUUGCUCAUCGCCGGUCAGGCUUGGAACUGGGCUCAAUCCCAUCCAGGAAAGAAUACGUUACUCGGCUUCCCCGGCAACAAAGUGUGCAGUGUGGCAGGAAUCUAUUUCUCAGAGCUUCCAGGGGAAUGUGGCAAAUUUCCUGUGCCCAUGCAAAUUCCCUCGAGCUGGUUGGCAGUGUCUAUUGGUAAGGACUUCAAAGAUGACCUCCAUUUUCUACUACAAGGUGUUUCAGAGUUUGAUGUUCGAGGUGGCGCUUUAGCAUCUGAAGUGAUGGCACAUGGACCCUUAGCCUUUCCGAUUGCACUUACCACAUGUGGUAGGGCAUUCAUUGCUGGGGCCUACUAUGGACAGGGGAGAAUAAUUGUGGCCACCCAUGAAGGCUUCCUUGGUCGUGAUUCACUGUCUAGCUUCUUGAUCAACGCUAUCCACUGGCUUGAUGAAGGACGCAAAGGGGUUAUCGGAAUCAUGCCACAACUUAAAGAUGCCCAUCAUGUUCUGAGCAAGUCGGGGCUAAAUUGUCAAUUCACUGGAUUUAGGGAAGACCUAAGUGUCUUUGUCUGUACCUCCUACAACGAUUCUCAACGUCACCAGAUCCAGGAGUUUGUUGCAGAGGGUGGAGGUCUCAUGAUAGGAGGUCAUGCUUGGUACUGGGCACAGACCAACCCUAACCGCAAUGUGAUGACCGAUUACCCAGGAAACCGUAUCCUCAAUAAAAUGGGACUGUGUCUCAUUGGUAAUACCUUGAAAGGUGACUUGUAUAAAGUCCAGCAAAUAAGGGAAGAUGGGGAAGGUGGUACACCGGCAUAUCAUUUCCGUGACUUGCUGCAGCGCUUUGCUAGCCAUGCCAUCCAGGGCCAGGAUCUUACUGCACGUGAACAGGAAUGUCUGCAGAAGCUGAGAAAUGAUUGCACAAAUUAUCUUCGCAUGCAGGCUCAUAAAAGUGCUUCCUAUACUUCAAUGGUUUCACUGAUCACAGAUAUGGUGAAAGAGGCAGGAGUUCCGCAAGUGUGUUGUAAAUGUCCUGUUAAAAAUACCAAAGAUAAACUGUUGCUUCAUGUGGGAAGUGAGGUGUACAAGGUGUGCAAAGAUCCUGAUGCACUUCUGCCAUUCAUCAUCACUGAUAUACCCAACCUACCUACAGUGUCUAACGCGAGAGUCCGGAUCAGUGCAGACACAUCUGGUGGUGAAGAAUGGAUAAGCACAGGUCUGUAUCUUUCUCCUGGAAUGAGGACUUACAUUACAGUACCUAAAGAAAUCAAAGGCAAAGGUUGGCAGCUGCAGAUUGGAUGUCAAACAGAUUGCUUGGGUGAGGCAGAUGUUCUGAAACGUGCUCCUGUGGUGCACAAGCGGUUUCCUUUGGAGAGUGACAUGCUGCAGAUCUGGAAUUUGUGGGGCGGCCUCAUAUACCUGAUUGCACCACCCAAGAGCAAAAUGGCUGGGGUGGAGAUUAUUGUACAAAUGGCCGUAAAAGCACCAUACUACAAGUCUGGACAAACCAGUGUAGCAGACUGGGUGAAGAAGAUCCGUAAUGCACCAGCUCCUUGGGCAGAACUCGAGUUUGAGAAUGUAAUCAUUACCUUACAUUCAGACAUCAUACGUAAACUGGACCGUCCUGAUGAGGUGGCGGCUCUCUGGGAUUCCAUCAUGAAGGGAGUGGCCGACUUGGCUGCAAAACCUGCCAAGUUUCCACGCAAGGAACGUUUUGUUGCCGAUGUUCAGAUCUCACAUGGUUUCAUGCAUGCUGGCUACCCUGUAAUGAUUCACUCCGACUCUGCCGCAGCACUUGUGAACCCAGAGACCGCUCGUACGCAGGGUAUUUGGGGGGCCAUUCAUGAACUGGGGCAUAAUCAGCAGUGCUCGGUGUGGGAGUUCCCUCCAAAUACCACAGAGUGCACCUGUAACCUGUGGUCGGUGUAUGUGCAUGAGGAGGUGCUGCGGGUGAACAGGGCAAAGGCUCAUGGGAACAUGUCUCCAGAAAACCGAAAGGCUCGAGCUGAGAAUUAUGCUAAGGGAGGCCGGAAGCUGGAAAACUGGAGUGUCUGGACAGCCCUGGAGACAUACAUGCAGCUGCAAGAUAAAUUUGGCUGGGAUGCUUUCAAGAAAGUCUUUGCAGCCUAUCACGGCAUCACUAAUGUCCCAAACAAUCGAGAUGGAAAGAUGAACUUGUACGCUGAAACAUUCUCAAAGGUGGUGAACAUGAAUCUUGCCCCUUUCUUCAAAGCCUGGGGUUGGCCCAUUCAACCCAGCACUGAGGAAACGCUCAGCAAUCUGCCUGCGUGGCACGACCAUCCCAUGGCCCAGUAUGCUUAAUUCUCCAAUCCCUGUAUGCUCGUCACAGUGCACACACCGCUUGGUGGGGGGGGUGGGGGUUUCCCCUUUUUUCUUUUUGGUGCUGGCUUGGGCAUGGAUAUAAUGGUGACAAAUAUAAACAUGAGUGAAAAAUAAUUCUCAGAGGUGCAUAUAUCUAUCUCUACAAUAUAGUUGUUUAUUAGAUUACUGUAUAACUGACGCAUUAUAAGCACAUCAUACUUGCAGCUAAUCUCCUUUUGGAUGCAAAUAUGUACAGCUAUUCUGUAGAAUCAGCCAGAUCUAUGCAUGCUGUUUGAAAAAUAAAUGUUGAAAUAUAAUGGC